AACCAAAAAAACAUAUAAAUAAAAUUAAAAAUUAGUUUAGCAACUUUUUAAAUUAAAAGUUAACGAAUCGUUGAAUUGCCCACAAUCGAUAGAAGUGUUAUCGAAAUAGCUUAAUGGUUCCUGACAACUCUGACGCAACAGCUGCUUCAUGCGAUGUGAUAACAAUUCCAACUAUUUCCACACGCCUAACAAAUUAAUAUAGUUUAAUCCAAAUACUGUGUGAACCACAGAUUGUUAACGUAAAUACAGUCAUGUCAGUGGCACCCAACGUUGACCCGAAGGUCGAUGGGGCACCCAAGCCCAGAAUCCUAGACACCGCGGAACUUGAUAGAAUGGCCAUGCAUUUCGUGGGAAAUAUGAACAGAUACCGCGAGAAUAUAAUUAUACCCAAAAGUAAUGGGCCAGUCAAAAUCAAAACAAACGAGGAGAAACUCAUAGAAACUGCCGUGGAAAGCUGUGCUUUCAAGAGUGCCAUGGCCUGCGUUAUGGGUUACGGACUUGGCGCAGCUUUGGGUCUGUUCAGCGCCUCCGUGAAUCCAAACAUGGCGGAUCCAUUCGCAAAUGAAAAGAAACAGACGGCACGUGAGGUGUUUCGCGAGAUGCGCGGCACAACUCAUUCGUAUGCCAAGAAUUUUGCGCUAAUUGGCGCCGUCUUCUCUGUUGUCGAAUGCACCAUAGAAAGCCAACGUGGCGUAACCGACUGGCGUAACGGUACCUAUGCGGGCGGCAUAACCGGCGGCUUAAUUGGUCUACGAGCGGGCAUUAAGGCAGGUAUCAUUGGCGGCUUGGGCUUUGCGGCAUUCUCCUCGGCGAUUGAUUACUAUAUGCAUAUGAGAUAAGGCGUAGUUAACGUC